CCCGGGCAGCGGCGGCCGUGGAGCCCUGGCGAGGCGGGGGCGGCCCCGUCCCGCAGAGCGCUCCGCCGCCGCAGCCCCGCCGCCGCCGCUGGAGUCACCGCCGUCCCGAGGAGGAGGACGAGAUCCCGGGGGGACGCUGAAAGAAAAACAGCUCUGUGGAUGCCCUGUGGGGAGAUGCAUCUGUGACACGGAGUAUGUGAUUGGUCAUCUACAAUCUGAGGCAACAGCGUGUGGGCUAUAUUGACAGAAGAAUUAAUUGUGGAGACAGUCCAGCUGAAUGGCCACAUCAUAAUAAGGAACUGGUUUAAAAAUGUUAGUGUCUCAUGCCAGUAAUCCAAGUUUGGGAAAGCCUAGCGGCCCAACAGUAAAAACAAUUAAUUUUUUGUAAACGUCGGUGCAAAAAGACUAAGCAGUCAAUAUAUAUUUUACCAUGUGUUCUCUGAUUCUUUAGCACUGAAUCCUUCAUUACACUGAAAUCAUGGUAUGAGGAUUGGUGGGGAAGGUUCCCCCCCCAUCCCCAGCACACAUCCAGAAACUAGAGACUGUGUCAAGAUGACCUCUGAGGAGAUGACAGCGUCUGUUCUCCUCUCUGUGGUACAGGGUAAAGUGAUAGCUGCCCAGUCAGCUGGAGAUGAAAAUACUGAAAAUGCUUUGGACACCAGUGUUAUAAGACAUACAGCCAGUUCGGGAAGGCAAACCACACACAAUCUGUCUUACUUACACAGACUUGAAGAAGAAAGUCUUCAGGGCUCAGUGCCCAAAAUAUUCCCUCUGGCCAAAGAACAGCUGGCUAACGACAAGAGUAAUGAAAACUUCUGGGAGAGGAACAGCUCCAUCUCUGAUUCAGUGGAAUUUCUUAACAUUAACUGUAACAUUGUACAGAAAAACUACAAGAGCAAGAUCUCCUGCAGCCAGUUGUAUCAGUCUUGUGCUCCUUUAGCAGGGGAGGAGGCGUGCCUGGAAACUGGAAUUCCCGUUUCGCUGGAAAGAGCCAUGCUUGCUGAAAUUCAGUUGAAAAUGAAUGGACCUUCAUUAAGAAGCCAGACAGCAGUAAAUAAGAAUGACAGCAGUGAUCCUGAUAAAGUGGCCUUUUUUCACUUGCAUUGUGCUAGUGACAGGAAUAUAUCAAAGGCUUUGUGUGGUUUACACAAGAGCUUCCUUUUGGAUGGCUGCUUGCAGCCCGUGAGUGAUGGUGAUGGGAACACCACUGGCUCCCCAGCCUGCACUUGCAGCAUAAUGCAGUUGACAAGUAAUUGUGAGAAUAAAAAUGGACAGCAGUUGUAUGAAGAUGCUUUAAGGGAUAAGUACUUGUGUCUGGAAAGAGCACCACGAAAGGUUAAAGUGACGUGCUCAGGUCACAACUUCUGUGGAAAUAACUUUACUGGAAGAAUGCCCUCAAAGCCCUUUCUGAGCCAUUUUGAGGACUGCAAUGAUAACUGUGAAGAAGAGCUGGAGGAGGAUUUUUUUAGAAACAAAAAGGAACGUUCUACACUAUUAAUAAGACGUUUUUGUAAAAAUGAUAAAGAGGUUAAAAAAUCAGUUUAUACUGGAACAAGAGCAAUUUUUAGGACUUUACCAUCAGGGCAUAUAGGAAUUGUUGCUUGGAAUUAUGUUGAGCAAAGGAGGAACAACAGUGGCAUGAAGCUUUCUAGGAUUACAACAGAACAGCUAACUAUAAUUCAGUCCCUAAUAAAAUGGAAAUUUAAUUCCUGUCCUGAGAAGUCUUUAUGGUACGAGAUCUUCAGUACAGUGAGAGAAGAAGAGGAAGGAGCAGAAGAUAUUUUUGAAUACAUUCCUUAUCUUCUGAGGGAGCUCCCAACAUCUGUUACAGACUGUAUAUACAAAGGAGAUGGUUUUUGUGUAAAACCAUGUGUAACAGGUGCUUACUGUCGUUAUCGUGCCACUUUACAGAGGACUGCACUCUCUAACUAUAUAACUGGUGCUUUACUAGAAGCAACUACAUCAUUAGGAGCAAGAAGUGGUCUUUUAAAUAUCUUCGGAGGAUCAACUGGAAGAACAAUGCUUAAAGAACGCCAAGCGUGUGCAUCCAUGGCUGGCUCCAGCGCCCUUCCCUCCAGCGUGGCCGGUAUCAGCAAGGAGCUGAUGGAACUGCAGCACCUCAUCCAGUUCCCAGAGGAGGUUGCCAGCAUCCUGACCGAGCAGGAGCAGGAGCUCUACCGCAAAGUCUUGCCCAUCGACUACCUCUGCUUUCUCACCAGGGACUUGGGCAGUGCUGAGUGCCAGAGCAAGCUGCCGUCUAUUAAGGCAUCCAUAUCUGCUACUAUUCUUUCUUCUCCCAAUGGUGAACAUAAUGCUGUAGAAGAUCUUGUGACAAGGUUUAAUGAGGUGAGCUCCUGGGUUACCUGGCUGAUCCUCACUGCAGGUUCUAUGGAGGAGAAACGAGAAGUCUUCUCCUACUUAGUACAUGUGGCAAAAUGCUGCUGGAAUAUGGGCAACUACAAUGCUGUAAUGGAAUUCCUGGCAGGGCUAAGGUCAAGAAAAGUUUUAAAAAUGUGGCAAUUUAUGGACCAGUCUGAUAUUGAAACCAUGCGAAGUCUGAAGGAUGCUAUGGCACAGCAUGAGUCAUCAUCCGAGUACAGGAAAGUGGUCAACCGGGCACUCAAUAUUCCAGGCUGCAAAGUUGUUCCUUUCUGUGGUGUAUUUUUAAAAGAGCUCUGUGAAGUUUUGGAUGGAGCAUCAAGCCUCAUCAGACUCUGUCCACGAUAUAACUCCCAGGAUGAGACAUUAGAGUUUGUUUCAGAUUACAGUGGACAAGAUAAUUUCUUACAACGAGUAGGCCAAGAUGGUUUAAAUAAUCCAGAAAAAGAAUCAACAACAAACAACAUCUUUCAAACAAUUCGGAGCUGCAAUCGCAGUCUGGAGUCUGAAGAGGGUGAGGAUAAUGUCAGUGAAGGGAGCGACUCAAGGAAAAACUCCUUGAAGGACAAAAACCGCUACCAGGCAGCCCAUGUAAAGAAAGCCCCUGGUCCAGCCCAGGCUCUAUUUUUCAUCGGAGAUCUUUCAGAUUCUGAAAGUGACAUAUUCGAGCAGUUGAAAGAGUGGGACACAAGUUCAACAGAAGAGCAGCAAAAGGCUUUCUGCCAUGGGAUAGAGCUCAUUCCCUGGUACGUGUUGUCCAUCAGGGCUGACGUCCAUCAGUUCAUGCAGCAAGGGGCAACCGUGAUUCAUUACGACCAGGAGACACAUCUCUCAGCUCGCUGCUUUCUUCAGCUCCAGCCUGACAAUAGCACUUUGACUUGGACAAAACCCACUACAGUUUGCCCUGCAAAUGCUAAGGCAAAACUGAGUGUGCUGGGCAAUACUGCUGAGCUUGGUAAAUACCAGUUUCUUGGUAAUACUGGACUGGUGGAAGGUUUUUUGGACUUGUUUUCAGCCAAGGCUGUUUAUAUGGGACACUCGGGCAUUGAUAUGCACACUGUGUGUGUUCAAAAUAAGCUUUGCAAUAUGUCCCUUGAAGAAAAUGGUAUAACACUACUUUAUGGACUCCAGACUACUGAUAAUAAGUUGCUGCACUUUGUUGCUCCAAAAUACACUGCCAGAAUGCUGUAUGAUGGAUUGCUGGAAUUGACUAAAGCUGUAAGAAAAAUGAGGAGAUUCCCUGACCAAAGACUACAGUGGCUACGGAAACAGUAUGUCAGCCUUUACCAGGAGGAUGGAAGGUUUGAAGGCCCAACCUUGGCUCAGGCUGUUGAGCUGUUUGGAGGCAGACGAUGGAGUGCAAGAAGCACAGGCACAGGAUCUCUCACCAAAAGCACUGAGAAGCCCAAUGUGCAGAGAAACAACACUCUGGGAAUCAGCACAGCUAAGAAAAAGAAGAAAGUACUCAUCAGGGGUGAAAGUGGAGAGGCCACUGAUGAUGAAAUGGCAACUCGGAAGGUAAAAAGCUGUAAGGAAUAUCGUAAUAGAAGUGGUUCAGAUCCUCAAGAUAUUGAUGAACAAGAAGAACCAGAUCAAAAUAGUAUUAUUAAUUCUUCUCCGUCUAACAACCUGCCAUCAAGAAGAGCUCACUCUCUGACAGCAUCUGGAUCUCCCAACUUAGGAGCUACAUCAUCUUCACCAGCAAGACCAGUCUCCUCUCCUGUAAUAUCAUCAAGCAAAAGUCAGUCUAGCACAUGGAGCAGCAGUAGCUGGCAUGGCCGUGUCAAAGGAGGAAUGAAGGGAUUUCAGAACUUCAUGGUGUCUGAUAGUAGCAUGACCUUUGUGGAAUUUGUAGAGCUCUUCAAAUCUUUCAGUGUCCGGAGCCGCAAGGAUCUGAAAGACCUUUUUGAUGUUUACGCUGUGCCUUGCAAUCGAUCUGGCUUAGAGCCUGCUCCACUUUAUACUAAUUUGAAGAUUGAUGAAAAUAGCAGUGGAUUCCAGCCUGAUUUAGAUUUAUUGACUAGAAAUGUUUCAGACCUUGGUUUGUUCAUUAAGAGCAGGCAGCAGCUAUCAGACAACCAGAGGCAAAUAUCUGAUGCUAUUGCUGCUGCCAGCAUUGUAACCAAUGGUACUGGAGUUGAAAGCACAUCACUGGGAGUAUUUGGAGUAGGAAUCCAGCAGCUGAACGACUUCCUAGUGAAUUGCCAAGGAGAACACUGCACCUAUGAUGAAAUCCUCAGUAUUAUCCAGAAAUUUGAACCUAGUGUAAACAUGUGCCAGCAGGGGCUGCUAUCUUUUGAAGGAUUUGCAAGAUUUUUGAUGGAUAAAGACAAUUUUGCCUCCAAAAAUGAUGAAUCACAGGAGAAUGCUGAGGACUUGCACUUUCCUCUCUCAUAUUACUACAUAGAAUCCUCACACAAUACUUACCUUACUGGCCAUCAGCUUAAAGGGGAGUCCUCAGUGGAGCUCUACAGCCAGGUUCUUUUACAAGGCUGCAGAAGUGUAGAAUUGGACUGCUGGGAUGGUGAUGAUGGGAUGCCUAUCAUUUAUCAUGGGCACACUCUUACUACAAAGAUAUCUUUUAAGGAGGUGGUGGAAGCCAUCGACCGCAACGCGUUCAUCACCUCGGACAUGCCGGUCAUCAUCUCCAUAGAGAACCACUGCUCGCUGCCCCAGCAGCGCAAGAUGGCCGAGAUCUUCAAGAAUGUAUUUGGAGAUAAGUUGGUGACGAAGUUUUUGUUUGAGAGUGACUUUUCUGAUGAUCCCAUGCUGCCUUCCCCUGGCCAGCUGAGAAGAAAAAUCCUGCUUAAAAACAAGAAGCUGAAAGCCCAUCAAACACCAGUGGAUAUAUUGAAACAAAAGGCUCACCAGCUGGCACAUUUGCAAGCACAGGCUAGCAACGGUGCUAGCAACCCCACACCUACCAAUGAAGAGGAAGAAGAUGAAGAGGAUGAAUAUGACUAUGACUAUGAAUCUCUCUCUGAUGCUGAUGUCCUUAAUGCUUCUCCUGCUCCUAACAGCCAGGAAGAUAAUAUUCUUGAAGAUCGACCUGAGAAUAAAUUAUCAAGUGAUAAACUGCAGUUUGAAUAUAAUGAAGAGUCUGCAAAACGACUAAAGAAAGCUGAUUGUGCUACUUACAAUAAUAAAGGAAAGGUUUACGACAUGGAGCUGGGUGAAGAAUUCUAUCUUCCACAGAAUAAGAAGGAAAGCAGACAAAUAGCUCCAGAGCUAUCAGAUCUUGUCAUUUACUGUCAAGCUGUAAAGUUCCCGGGCUUGUCAACUCUAAACCCAUCUGGCUCUAACAGAGGAAAAGAAAGAAAAAGCAGGAAGUCCAUUUUUGGCAACAAUCCUGGCAGGCUGAGCCCUGGGGAGUCAGCUGCUCUUGCCAAAGCAUCUGGAAAAGGUCCUUUUGAUGCGAUGCGGCAGACCUGGGAAGAUCCUUGCUCUCCUUACAGCUCUCCAGCCUCCCUCAGCGCCAUCAUAAGGACUCCCAAGUGCUACCACAUCUCGUCGCUGAACGAGAACGCUGCCAAGCGGCUCUGCAGGCGCUAUUCCCAGAAGCUGAUCCAGCACACCACCUGCCAGCUCCUGAGGACCUACCCCGCUGCCACGCGCAUCGACUCCUCCAAUCCCCACCCGCUGAUCUUCUGGCUCCACGGGGUGCAGCUCGUGGCUCUGAACUACCAAACAGACGAUCUUCCACUGCAACUCAACGCAGCAAUGUUUGAGGCCAACGGUGGCUGUGGAUAUGUCCUGAAACCCCCAGUUCUGUGGGACAAAAACUGCUCAAUGUACCAGCAUUUUUGUCCAUUGGAAAGAGACCUUGAUAAUAAGGAGCCAGCUAUAUAUUCUUUAACAAUUGUGUCUGGCCAGAACGUUUGCCCCAGCAACAGCACAGGCAGCCCCUGCAUCGAGAUCGACGUGCUGGGGAUGCCCCUGGACAGCUGCCACUUCCGCACGAAGCCCAUCCACCGCAACACGCUCAACCCCAUGUGGAACGAGCAGUUCCUUUUCCGCGUCCACUUCGAAGAUCUGGUCUUCCUGCGCUUUGCGGUUGUUGAAAAUAACUGCUCAGCUGUAACAGCCCAGAGGAUCAUUCCCCUGAAAGCGCUGAAGAGAGGCUACAGACAUGUCCAACUCCAUAACCUACACAAUGAAACAUUAGAAAUUUCCAGUUUGUUCAUAAACAGUCGGAGAAUGGAAGAAAGUCCCUCUGGAAACACUCUACCUGCAUCUAUGUUGUUCAGCGUGGGAGAAAGGAAAGCUGCCAUGACUUACAAAGUGACAGUUCAUGGAAUUCCAGGCCCAGAGCCUUUCACUGUUUUCAGUGUAAGUGCGGGGACCACGGCUGCACAGCUGCUCCAUCAGCUCUUGGCUACCAUAAAAGGCACCGAGUCAUGCGCUGCAGACUAUUUUCUGAUGGAAGAGAAGAGUUUUAUAUCAAAAGAAAAGAGUGAAUGCAGAAAGCCACCAUUCCAGAGAGUGAUUGGUCCUGAAGAAGGGCUAGUGCAGCUUUUAAACAGUUGGUUCCCAGAAGAAGGAUAUGUUGGAAGAAUUAUCUUUAAAACUCGAGAGGAAAAUUUAAAUGAGAGAAAUGUCUUUCAAGAAGCAAAGGAAGAAGCAGCCAUCAGCUCUGAGGAUGACAGCUUCUUUGUUCAGGUACACGAUGUCUCCCCAGAGCAACCACGCACCGUGAUCAAAGCUCCGCGCCUCAGCACGGCUCAGGAUGUCAUACAGCAGACUCUCUGCAAAGCCAAAUACUCCUACAGCAUUUUGAGCAAUCCAAACCCAAGUGAUUAUGUGCUCUUGGAAGAGGUGACUAAAGAGCCAGCAAACAAAAAGUCUUCAACAUCUAAACCAUCUCAGAGGAUUCUCUCUGAUCAAGAGUGUGUGUUUCAGGCCCAAAGCAAGUGGAAGGGAGCAGGAAAAUUUAUCCUUAAGCUCAAAGAACAGGUUCAGGCAGCACGAGAUGACAAGAGGAAAGGCAUCUCCUUCACCAGUGAGCUGAAGAAGCUGACCAAGUCAAGUAAGCAGUACCGGGGCGUGGUGUCGCCCGCGCUGUCGGACAGUCCCCAGGGCAGGGAGGACAGAGCCGCCUGCGCCCUGGCCUUCAGUGACAUCAUGGAAUAGUGCCAGCUGCUGCCACGGCACGCCCUGCUCAGUGCCUUUGAAGGAUCCAGCUGUGGACUGAACUGGUCGGAACUGUGUGCCCUGUGCUACAGAUGCUUAAUCCAGGCAAUGCUGCUGGAUUGACAUCCAGACUCUGGGAAUCCUAAAUGGGAUUCUGUAGAUGGGAAAGAUGCCUGUCAGCUCUUGGAAGAUUCCUCUCUUCCUGUUUCUUCACAUCUGCAGAUUCUCCAUAGGCGGAUGGAGAAGUUUUCUUGGACUGUAUGUUGUAAACAAACACGUGUCAUCACCCUCCCCUUUUUAAACAAAAGAUAAUUUUAGCUUGUUGCCUCUAAGGAAUCAGAAGGCAGAGAACCAGAGUGGUUUUUUAUGUGUAUUAUAUUAAAAUAACGCACUUUUACCUGAUGAUUACUGUUAAACACUGUGUUAAGUGAUUGUAAAGAGAUUUAAAUAUACUGUAACUUCCUUUGCAUAUCUGUUUAACUUUGGUGAAUAUACACGAAACACUCAAAAUUAUUUAUGGUUUAGCUACAUUAACAAAAUAGUGUACAAUAGCUGAGUACUCCUUACUGGUAGUGAGACCUUGGCAAGGAACAACAUUUUCUUCUUAUAAAUUUUAGUUUUCCAGGCUUGUGUUUAAAGAAAGAAUAUUUAUUACCAUGUUUCAAAGUACAUGCCAUUGUAUAGUAUAUUUAUCAUAUACUACUUUUUAGAAAAUGCAGAUUUUUUUAUCUUUCUCUGGAUUUAGAGGAAAAAAGUAUUAGAACUUUUCUGGUUCUUUCUUUUCAGCACAAGAUGUUUAGUACCCAGUACUGACCAAAUUCAAACAAUGCAUUGAUAAGUGUAAUUAACAUUUCAAAAUUUCAAAUUCAAACCACAUUUUUCCAUAUAGUCAGGAACUGUCUUUUUACUUGUCUGUUAAACCCAGAGAGUAUAAAGAACUUUACACUCUAACUCUUGACAAUUCUGUUUACAUAGAAACACUGUUGUGAAGUUUUACGUGUGCUGAAUUCAUCUUUUGUUAUCAAAGUUAGUUAUGGUAGUCUCUUUUUUUUUUUCCUCCAUGGGAGUUACUGAUAUGUUUAGUUGUUUAAAAUAAUCCAUUACCGGGGCACAAAUUAAACAACUGCUGCCAUCAGCCAUCCCUUUGAUCUCCCACAAGAAAUGUGUCUGUGGGGAACAAACUGCUCUGCACGUUUUUGUUUCACUAGAGGAAAGAAGUUACAGGCAGUAGUCUCAUGACAGCUAAUGCCCCCCCCCCCAUGCUGAAUAAGAAAAUGAAAUAAAAGAAAAUAAAAGUUAUUAACUGGCAUAUAAACAAGCAGACAGACCCUGCAUUCUGUCACCAGAAACUCUGAAGUCUUUCACUAUACACUACAGAAAAUGCUUAUGAAGUAGCCACUUACCAAAGCAAAAAAGUGCCCUCUUGAGGUCACUUCCAGCUUUCAGAAAAAAUAACCACAGACAUACAAAAAAGUCCGAUUUCUCAGUGGCAUGUCCUCACAGAGGCCAUGCACUUCCCACUGCUCAUCUUUCACAAAAGUUAAGUUUUGAACUUAUGUACCAAAUCAGCAUUUUACAAAUCAGCAACAUGACCCCCAACCAGCUCAGCCUGUCACUCCUUACCAGGUCCAACAGUAGCAGCCACUGUGAGGGACACGUGCUCCUCUCCAUCCUGCCCAAGGAAAAGACUGAGCCUGAGCAAAAUGUUAAGAAGUGACAAUUUACAUAUAGUUCUAUAUGCAUAGUUUGCUUUGGAAUACUUUGGAAUUACUGGGAAAUACAUCAACCUGCUGCACAGUUCAACUAAUGCAAAUUUUUUAAAAUGUUACCUUCAUUCUCUCUGUUAUUUUAACACAGUUUGAUGUCACUGAGAAAUUUUUCCUUUUGGUGUUUUUGUGGCAUUUUAAAAACAACGCUUAUUGUCCUGUAGUGUGCCCCUACCUGUUUAGCUUUUUCUUUUUGUUGGUGUGUUUUUUUGGGUUUUUUAUCUUUAGCAGCUCUGAAAAUUCUUAAUAUUGCCUGUAGUAAUUAUCACAGUAGGCUGGCAGAUACCUUGCUAAUUAGCUGGAUUCAACACAGAAAGUUCUUAUAUCCUUGUUGUCAUCCACUAGUGCUUCUCUGUCACAUAGAUAUAAAAGCAAAAAAUAAUCAUGGGGAAGCAAAGGGGACAUCCGUAGUCAUGUCAUAUUGUGCACCACAGGCCUAACACUAGCCUGAAGUCUUGUGGGCAUUUAAAAUCAGCAGUUUUGCACUAUUUCUGCUAACAGAAUUUUUCUAGCUGUGGGAAUAGCUUAUUAAUGUAAGUAUCUUCAUCAUCAAUCACAGUCAAAAUCUCCUCUGUCCGCUGUUUAUUACCGUGAAAAAGAUCAGCAAAAUAUUUGGCUUUUUAUUUAGAAACCCUUAUUUUGUAGGCCUGUAGACAUCUGGAAUUGUGUAAGGCUAAUGAACCUGUUCCAGUCUUUUCAUUAAAGUACGUGCAUCACUUAAUUUAAAGUUUAGGUAUUGGUAAAUAUCCAGGUAAACUUUUCUUGGUGAAACAUGAUACACUUUGGUGUGAAUUAGGGAAAGAAUUGCAGUGCCCUUCCUCUUGCUGGUUCAAAGCAGUGGAAAUUCAAAACCACUUGAAGCAUUAAAGAGCAAGGGGGAGUUGUUAACUUUUGUGAAAGCCCAGUUAAAGAGUUUUCAUGUGCUAAGUUGUUAUGCUAAUAGGAAUGUUUAUUCUGUUUAGCCACAGAUUUUAUUUCUGCAGGAAUCUGUCACACAUUCCUAUGACAAAACUGACAAAAUAACUUUGUCUUUUUCCAUGCUUCUGGCUGAGUAUGGACAUCAAUUAGGAAAAUACAUUUAUUUUUACAUUACAAACUAUUUACAGGAAGCAGCUUCCAGGAUAAAGUUUGAAAGAAAGGAAUGUAAAUAAUCAACAUCUUCCAGAACCAUGCAGUCUCUGAGCAGUAGCAGGCCUUGCACUGCACACUUUUCAGGUGGAAAUCUGCUUCUCCUGCUCUAUUGCCUAUUGGACAGAAAACACAAAAGUCUUUUAUUCUGUACUAUUUUAAAACUGCUCCUUUUCUAUCAGUUUCUUACCCUUUCCUGUGCAGCACGUGGUGCCUGCAGUGUGUGCCUGUAAGGGCCAGAAGCAGGGCAGUGCCAGCUCCUGUGUGCGUGCAGAGCUCUCUGCUUGUGGGAACUGGGGCACUCCAGGAGCUGCUUCCUCCACCGCCCAAAGGCUUCCUGCUUCUGUCUCACCGACCCCACCAGGAGCAGUCAGAACACUAAAAAAUACUAUCUCAGUUUUUGGUUUUUUAAGCCUAGUGACACUUUUUUCCUUGCUUACAAAUAUUACUAGGUGAGGUGUCUGAAUAGCUGCUUUUAGGAAGGUGUCUGCUUCUAGACCUCAAGGCUUUGGAGAAUUAAACACUGCAACACAGAAGCAUCCAAAUAUUUCAAGAACACUUUCUCUUGCAUUCAUAGUUUAUUUUCAAAAAGAGAAAAUUUUGCUGGUAGCUUUACAGGCUACGUCUGCAGCUUCUGAAACUCACCUGUCUGUUCUGCUCCUCAAAUGCUUCAAUUAACAUCUGUUUUUUAAUCACUGUUUGUUACUAUUCCACUAUAAAACUCAGUUUACUUUUAGGGUAGCCCACUAAAUGUACCAAUGGUGGCAAUUUUUUCCUGUCUGUGAUAAAAAUUUUGUAACUUCAAUAGUGAUAGACAUUUGGCAGAGUUAGCAAAUUAAAC